UAUUUUUCCCAGACUUAACCACCUCAAUGGGCAUCCAACUGUUCUGCAGCUUUCUUGCAUGGACGAUAGAAAUGUCAGUGGGUGGGUGCCAUGACAAGCUCCCAUAGCCUCUUCCACAGCCUUCCCUGCCUCUUGUUUAGCAGAUGUCACCUUGCCAACGCUGUGAAAAAGCGGGACGUUAGGACCCAGAGGCGGCUGAGCCGAAGAGGCAUCCCCCUCUCUGCUUUGUGUCAUCCUCUGGGUUUCUGCAGCCUUCCGCUCCCCAUCUCCUUCCAUGGUGACUGACCACCGCUUGCAGAGCCAAGGGAUCAGAGCCCGGGGCGAAGCUGCCGCAUCCUGAUCCGCAUGGCCUCCCCCAGAACUGUCACCAUCGUGGCCCUCUCGGUGGCCCUGGGCCUCUUCUUCGUCUUUAUGGGGACCAUCAAACUGACCCCCAGGCUGAGCAAGGAUGCUCACAAUGAGAUGAAGCGUGCCUACAAGACCUAUGUGAGGGCGCUGCCCAUGCUGAAGAGGAUGGGGGUCAGCUCCAUCAUCCUCCGCAAGAGCAUUGGAGCCCUGGAGGUGGCCUGUGGGAUCAUCAUGACCCUGGUUCCAGGCCGCCCCAAAGACGUGGCCAACUUUGUGCUGCUGCUGCUUGUGUUGGCCGUGCUUUUCUUUCAUCAACUCGUGGGUGACCCACUCAAGCGCUACGCCCACGCCUUGGUCUUUGGGAUCCUGCUCACCUGCCGCCUGCUGAUUGCACGCCAGCCUGAGGACCAGCCUCCACAGAAGAGGACCCUGACAGUGAAUGGGGAAGAGCAGCAGCUGUUGGCAGAUGCAGCCCCAGAGAAGGGCAAAAUCAAAGCCUCCUAGUGGGUGCCUCUGUACGGGACCUAUGGACCCUCUUUGCAGCUCUCUGUGCAGAAUGCCUACAACAGAGCAACCUGUUUCUUUUUGUCCUUGAUUGAUUGGUUGGUUUUGGAAAGGGUUCCAUGGUGGCGCAUGGGGAGAUCCUUCAAGUAGCCGGUUAAAUUUCAACCUGGCUUAUGCACUCGGAACCUCUAGAGCUGCCCUCUGCUAUAGCCUUCCACCUCCCGCACACAGUGUGUCGUCAUCAUGUAUUGGAUCUAAACAAGAAAUAAGUGUCUCUUUGUGUCGAGUGUGUAAGUGUCCACGUGCAGCUGUGUAUCUGUGUGCAUGUGUGCGGAAAGAGGUGGAUAGCUGAAUUGCUUUGCCUGAAUUGCCUCUGUACCAAAAUGCAGUCCUUCAGGGGCAGAAAGCCUGGGAAGAAAAACAAAAUUCCCAACGCCAUCUGUGCUCAUUCACUCUCCUGGUUCACCUGCGCCAAACAAUGCAUGCACCCACCCUUUCUCAGCAGAUAAUAAAGGAUCUUGCAGAGACAGUAAUCAAUCCAUCAGGCCUCUUCUCUCCCAAGUCUGUCUGUGUGGUUGCUGGCACAGGAUCAGGGGCUGUUCAUUAUCUGUCCCUAUGUAAAUCCACUUCUUUGGCCAUUACAAGAAUCACAGAGUAAGGCAAUGUUUCUCAAACGUGGCGGCUUGAAGAUGUGUGGACUUCAAUUCCCCAGCACGGUCAGCUAGGGAAUUCUGGGAAUUGAAGUCCACAUAUCUUAAAGCCUCCAAGAUUGAGCAACAUUGCUCUCAAGUGAUGCUAAGAGUGCAAUCAAUUUUCUAUUCUGCGUAGGUCUCUCUCUCUCUUAAGCCAAAACAUUGUAAGAUCUCUGUUAUUGAGAGGUUUUUUUUUAUUGUUCAGCUUGGGAUGAACACGAAAGGCAAGUCUCGACUAUCAAAAGAAAUACAUUUUUAAAAAGCUAUAUAUAAAUAUAUAUGUAUAUAUAUGUUGCUUUACUCAUAUUGUCUGGUUCGCAUUCCCCUCCUGUGCUUCUCUCCCCCAGCCCUUACCCUAUUUAUAAAAAUAAACUUUUUGAAAUUUGGAGGAAAUUUGCUUUUUAAAAU